CUGAGGGGGCUGGGGGUUGAGAAUGAGGGGCACGGCAGGGCAAGGAGGGCAGGGGGCUGCCAGUUGGGAGUGAUGGGCACAGGGUGGAGGCAUUGCCAUGCGCUGCGGGACUGGGAGGCGUCGGUGCCAUUAGCACCGCAGAUGCGUUUCUUCCCCCCCACCAGGACACAGCACUUAGCGCCGAGGGCGCCGCGGCCCCCAUUAGCCUGAAUAAAUGAUGCGCUAAUGGGGGAGCCGAGGCCCGUGGCCGCCACACGUGCCGGCGGGGAGGGGGGUCAUCGCUGUCCUGGCAGGGAAACUGAGGCAGGGGUCAAGGACUCAGGAACCCCCUGGGCCCCGGAGCUGGGGGUAGAACCCAGGCAUCUGGCCCCAAGCACCAGGCAGCUCUGGAGCCUCAUGGCCCAUGGCCAAAACCCCCUCCCCCCACCCCAUGCACACGCGUGUCCAUGACUCAGACAACACGCCAGCCCCCCAUUGGCACGCAUCGCCCGUCAACAGUGCUGGAGCCGCACCCCCCUCCCGCCUGCGGGGGAUAGAGCCCCGGCGCCAGCACUGCCCAGUGCCCACUGCCGUGUGUCUGCCUGAGCAGCCAUGGGCUCACGGUGCAGCAAGCCGUGCGUUGGCAUAGCUGGGGGGCGCCGGCCCAGCCCGCGUGCCUCGGCCCGCCGGCGCCCAGGCACCAUGUCGGAGGGCAGGGACUGGGCCACGCUGAGCCCCGAGGAGUUUGCCCAGCUCCAGCAGUUCAUCGACUACAGCGGCAGGAAGGUCCAGGACGUGCUGCGGGAGCUCCAUGGCGAUGGCACCGUGGCCCAGCACCUGCAGGGAGAUUGCAUCGACUUUGAGGGCUUCAGGCUCUUCCUACAGAGCUACCUGGACACUGAGGUGCUGUCGGAUGACCUCUGCCGCCGCCUCUUCAUGUCCUUCCAGACCACGGGCGGCGCCGCAGACCCCACGGCCACUGGCCUGGUCUGUGUCAAUGACGUCUCCUGCUACUUCUCGCUGCUGGAGGGCGGCCGGCCCGAGGACAAGCUGGAGUUUACCUUUAAGCUGUAUGACAAGGACGGGAACGGCCUGCUGGACAGCUCGGAGGUUGACCGGAUCAUCACCCAGAUGAUGCGCGUAGCUGAGUACCUGGACUGGGACGUCACGGAACUGAAGCCGGUGAGGGCUUCGAUCCCUGCAGAAAUUAGGAGAUGGGGUGCACAGCAGGCAGGGCUCCCCUCUGUUCUGUCCCCCCUCCCCUGGCACCCCCUCACCCCUGCCCCUUGCCUUCCCCAGAACAGGAAGGAUAAUGGGCAGCACAUGUGGCGCCUAAAGCACUUCAACCGGCCGGUCUACUGCAACGUGUGCGAGGCACUGCUACUCGGGCUGCGGAAGCAGGGGCUCUGCUGCACCUUCUGCAAGUACACAGUGCACGAGCGCUGCGCCCGCCGCGCCCCGCCCAACUGCAUCAGCACCUACGCCAAGUCCCGCCGCGAGGCCAGCGUGCAGCUACACGUAUGGGUGAAGGGCGGCUGUGAGGCCAGCAAGUGCGACCGGUGCCAAAAGAAGAUCAAGAGUUUCCAGAGCCUGACAGGGCUGCACUGCGUCUGCUGCCACCUCAAGGUGCAUGAAGAGUGCGCGUCCAACUUGCCCCAGGCCUGCGAUUGCGGGGCCCUGCGUGAUCAUGUGCUGCCCCCAGCAGCCAUCUACCCUGGCGUCCUGGAGCGACAGAAUAGCCAGAAGAGUGGCGGGGGGACGCCCAUGGAGGAGGGGGCACCCCCCAUCACCCCUCCUGAGGGACAGGCGCUGCGGGACGUGCCAGUGCCCGACACCCACCCACUCCUGGUCUUCGUCAACCCCAAGAGUGGUGGGAAACAAGGCGAGAGGGUGCUGCGCAAGUUCCAGUAUCUGCUCAACCCGCGGCAGGUCUACAACCUCCUGAAGGGCGGCCCAGCCCCCGGGCUGAAUUUCUUCCGGGAUGUGCCUGAUUUCCGGAUCCUGGUGUGUGGCGGCGAUGGCACCGUGGGCUGGAUCCUGGAUGCCAUCGACAAGGCCAACCUGCCGCGCCGGCCGCCCGUGGCUGUGCUUCCGCUGGGCACUGGCAAUGACCUGGCACGGUGCCUGCGCUGGGGAGGAGGGUACGACGGGGAGAGUCUGCUGCGAGUGCUGCGGGAUGUGGAGAGCAGCAGCGUGGUGCAGAUGGACCGCUGGCUGGUGCAGGUGACGCCUGACAACCCGGCUGAGAAGGGCGACCCGGUGCCCUACGAGAUCAUCAACAACUACUUCUCCAUUGGCGUGGACGCCUCCAUCGCCCACCGCUUCCACGUCAUGCGGGAGAAGUACCCCGAGAAGUUCAACAGCAGGAUGAAGAACAAACUCUGGUACUUUGAGUUCGCCACGUCCGAGACCAUCUUUGCCACCUGCAAGAAGCUGAAGGAGUGUCUGAGCAUCGAGUGCUGCGGGACCCCCCUGGAGCUGAGCAGCGCGCUGUCGGGGAUCGCCGUGCUCAACAUUCCCAGCAUGCACGGCGGCUCCAACCUCUGGGGUGAGACCAAGAAGCCGCUGGGUGAAGCGCGGCACCCGCCCAGCGCGGCACAGCCCCAGGCCGUCACCGACCCCGAGGCCCUCAAGACCUGUGUGCAAGACCUGAGCGACAAGCGGCUGGAGGUGGUAGGGCUGGAGGGCGCCUUGGAGAUGGGGCAGAUCUACACGGGUCUGAAGAGUGCCGGCGCCCGCCUGGCCAAGUGCUCCGAGAUCACGCUGAGGACGUUGAAGCCGCUGCCCAUGCAGAUCGACGGGGAGCCCUGGAUGCAGCCGCCCUGCACGAUCCGGAUCACGCACAAGAACCAGACGCCGAUGCUCAUGGCCCCCCCGCUGCGCUCCUCCAGCUUCUUCGGCCUCAAGAAGGGCCCCCCUGAGCCCUGAGGGGACCCCCCUUGCAGCUCGGCACCCCGGGGACCCCGCUUCCAUCUGCUACGUUGCCUGGGGGUCUCCUGCACUCGGGCCCAGCCCAGCUGCUCAUAUCAGCCUCGAGGGGGGACACCUGACACGUCUCCUGCCCACUGGGCCUCCCCUGCUUGCUGGAUCCACAAUCUCAUGGUGGCAUCGAUCCCCGGGCUGGGGAAGAGGGCAUCCUGGCCUGUGAUGCCCCUGGGAUGGGGGUGUGGGGCAGGGCCCCCCGAUCCCCCCCACCCGACCCAGCUCCCUGCCCCGGCUGCUGGCUCCCAGGGCCCCCCCCCCACCCAGCAUCGCCCUAUUUAUUGCACCUCCCCCCGUCCUCCAAGUGCCUCAUCCAGUAAUAAAGGUUGCAUUGGUUUGGU